AUGGAAGAAGACAAGCUCACCACUGACCACGAUAACAACAUUCUUGAGCAUGCUGACAACAAGGACAACGAGCAGAAGGACAAAGACACGAAGCAAGACAAGCAAGAUGUCCCGAUAACGGAAUCGCCCUUGCAAGAUGAUCCCAUUGCCGAUUCCUUUGUGGACCUUGACAUCAACAAGGACGAGUCAACCAACGCCUGGAGAGAGAGUAGCGAAGGUGCACUUGAUGUUACUCCUGUUGCAGCAACAACAGCCAACAGCAAUGAUAAUCGACCUCUUGAGUCCGGCAACGAUAGCUCUUUGGAUCCUUGGCAAGAAGAUACCUCAUUGCUCAAUGGUCGUGAUAGCCCGGACGAGCCUAUCCCAGUGACAGUUGCACCUGUUGUACAUGUGGAACAUCAUGAUGAGCAAGAAAAUUUGGAUAAGGAUAUUUCACAUACAAAGGGCUUUUACAAUGCAAACGACUUGAAGGAGAUUGUGGAUCUUGAAGUAUCUGGUCAGCUACCUGAUUGGCUUGUAUGUGAGCACUUUACUGUGGGCCCCGGCACCUACGAUAUCAAGUAUAUGCGCAAGCUUGAGGUGGAUGGUGAAUUGCAACAUGUCUCUCGCUAUUUCACAUUUGGUCACUGGUUUGAUGGGUUGCCAUUGGUGAAUCGAUUUGAUAUCCACGGCCAGCGCAACAGCAUCAGCUAUCGUAACCGGUUGACAUGCCGACGCUUGAUUGAUAAGAUCCGAGAUAACCAUGGCUACUCUUCUCGUCAUCCUGGUGGUCUUUUCAUGACAAAAACCAAUCAGACGGUGUUGACCAAGGUCGUUGGUGUCGGUGCUACUUCCAAACCUGAUUAUGAGCCUUGCAGUGCACGUGUGCUUCCUAGCAUCCCAGGCAUGGAUGGUCGAUUGUUCUGCCAAAAUCGUGGCAAGCAUAUUCAAGAGUUGGAUCCAUUUGAUAUGCGACCUACACGCGUUGUAACAUGGAAUGAAGUCAACCCUGCUUUCAAGGGCUAUACCUCUUGUCCCAAUGGUCAAUUUGAUGCACGCACCGGUGAAUACAUCAACUUUACUAUGGAUGUUGGAUAUCAGUCUACAAAGUACAACUUCUUCACCAUCAGCGAUCGUAAUCCAAAGGGUGCGUUGAUUGGAUCGGUUACUGCACCUGCUGCCUAUGUCAACAGUUUCUCUAUCACACCCAAGUAUAUCAUUUUGGCCAUUUUCCCUAUGCUGGCAACAUCCGGUGGCAUGAAAUUCUCAUGGAACGAGAGCAUCCUUGAAUCAUUCACAUUCAAUCGUUCGCAACCAACCCUGUUUUACGUGCUAUCGCGACAAAGUGGUCAGCAUGUGGCUACCUAUCGAUCUGAUGCAUGCUUUGCCUUCCAUCAUGUCAAUGCAUUUGAAGAUGAGAAUGACAACGUGUACGUGGACAUUAUCUGCUAUCCCGAUGAUACCAUUGCACAACAGCUUAUGGUCGAAGGUCUACGAAACCCAACACAAAUGAAGCCACCACGACUGGCAGCUUCUGAAUUGCGACGUUAUGUGCUGCACACCGUUUCGGUCACUGGCAGCCGUCAUCCAUCUACAGCGGGCGGUAAUGGUGGAGGAGGAUUAUUUGGUGCUUUCCGUAAGACUACGCCAGCUACCAACUCGAUUCCUGAAGCAUCCUACAACAAAUGGUUGCAGCCUUCACUCGAGCUUCCACAAGUCAAUCCCAACUACAAGUUACAUGCCCACACAUUCAUGUAUGGCCUUGGCUUUUCAGCAUCCAGCUCAAUUGCGGAUGGUCAAAUUUGGGAUACCAUUAUCAAAGCGAAUAUGCGUGAUCGAACCAUUGCAGGUGCAUGGCAUGAGAAAGGAUGUUACCCAAGUGAAGCGGUGUUUAUCCCAAGACCAUCCACUGGACCUGGUGAUGAAGUGGCUGAAGACGAUGGUGUUCUUUUGAGUAUUGUCAUGGAUUCGGCACGAUCGACUUCGUUCUUAUUAGUGUUGGAUGCUGCUUCGCUUGACGUCUUGGCCAAAGCAUACUUGGGAACCCUUGUUCCUCUUAGCUUUUCACGUGGAUCCUACCGUUUAUACACAAACCAAUAA